CCAAAACAUUUUGUCCUUAUAAGAUGUUGUAGAAAAACUGUAUAAUGCUAUAUCAGUUUGAGGAGAUAUACUAGGAUAUUAUUUCAAAUAUCCAUGGUGAUGAAUCUAUAGCCCAUUUCAGUUUUGACAAUAUUGUGUUUUUUGCCUGCCUGUUUCCUAGUCAGUCAUGAUCAGAGCUGUGUAUUGAUGUAUGAUGUAUGAUAAUUGAAGAUCAGUUUUGAAACCAACCGCCCAUCAAUUUUUAAUGCAUUGAUAGAGGCAGCUUAUUCUGAGAUGGAUUUUUUUCCCAAGACAGAUAGAAACAAAAAUCUCCAUUAAGCAGCGUUCUCCAGCUCAUUAGCAAAGCUAUUGCUCAAAUGAUGCUAAGCAAGUUAUUCAUUAGCAAGUGUAACGAAAAAAUGGCAGGAACGAAUGGAGAUUUAUUUCAAAUAUCAUGACCCAAUGGACUCAACACCCAGCUAUCACACGCUCUAAACAGAAAUCACUGACAGUAGGCUUGAAAUGAGAAUCAUUCUCUAAAUGUAGCAAAGCUGGGCAUGGAUGGAUGAUUGAUAUUUAGGGAACGUGGGAGUCAUAAAUGUCACCAGUCUGGAGAUAUGGAAGAGGGUUUUACUACCCAGCAGAGGCCAGACGCCUGCUGGAGGAGAAACAAGUGGCCUUUUUGAAUUUAUGCAAAACUUGUGGAUAAUUUUCUUUCAGAGGAAAGAAAUACCUUGAAGUAAAAUCAUCAGAUAUUUCAAGGAACGGCGAUAUGUUUGUGAGGACACAAUCAUUAAUUGACUGCGAGUGUGUGCCACUAUUUUGGUCUUGCUGGCUGGUUGUCUGCUGUCCAGUUGUGUAGUGGAUUUAGUGGUUUGAUUAGGUUGUGUUGAUUGAUGAGUGAUAGUUACCUAGUUGCCACCAUAAAAUGAUCUGUGCUGUCUUCCAUUUGCUCAGAGCAUACAAGGACUAGUGAACAUUAAUGUGGACAUUUUAUUAGUUAUACAUCUCUCCCUAAAGAAACCACUGGAGAUAUGAUGAUUAGGAGGAGGGGCACCAGACCUGAUUUCAGUUCAAAGAACCAGCACAAAGCCAAGAAACAGCCUGCACAUCACAUCAGUACAUAUGGAAGUCAUAUUUUGACGGAUGCCAUUCUGACAAGCUUUUUGUUUUUUAGCAAAUGGGUUAACGUUGACCUGAUAUUUCAGACAAAUCUUUCUAAUGUGGACAUAACCCUCAUAACCUUCAAGGCUAUAAAGUUAUGGUGAUAUAAUCGCUGAGGGAUGCAUUGCUUGGCGGCGCGUGGAUUAACAGGAGUCACAUCACAAGGUUAACCUCCCGCAUCUGUUGGCACAUGGUGCGCAAGAAACAACAGCUAUCAAUCCAUGACCGACCCCUACCUGUCCAGCUACUAUGCACCCUCCAUCGGUUUCCCCUACCCUUUGAGUGAGGCCCCGUGGUCAACUGGUGGGGAUCCCCCGAUCCCUUAUCUUGCCCCCUAUGCCCCCCUCAGCAAUGGCGACCACCACUUCAUGCACGACACUGUUUUUGGACAGCCGGGGGGUCUGGGCAGCAGCAUCUACCCCCACCGAUUUAACUUUUUCCCUGAGAACCCUGCCUUCUCGGCCUGGGGCACUAGUGGCUCCCAGGGGCAGCAGACUCAGAGCUCUGCGUACGGGGGCAGUUACAGCUACCCCCCCAGCUCUCUGGGUGGCACCCUGGUGCCGGACGGGCAGACGGGGUUCCACAGCGACACAUUGAACAAGGCCCCGGGCAUGAACAGCCUGGAGCAGGGCAUGGUGGGAUUGAAGAUCGGCGGCGACGUCACGGGUGGUGGCUCGGGUGUCAAGACGGUCGGCUCGGUGAUCGGUGGCGGGGCUGUGGCCGCCACCGGCAACGGGGGCACCCCCAUCGGCAUGCCGCCGCCCAAGCCCACCUCCUGGGCAGCCAUCGCCAGCAAGCCGGCCAAGCCGCAGCAGCUGAAGGUGAAGGCCAAGCCCGGCAUGCCCAUGGCCGGAGGUGCCCUCCCACCGCCGCCCAUCAGGCACAACAUGGACAUCGGGACUUGGGACAACAAGGGGCCCGUGACCAAAGUGGCCUCCCCCUUGCCCCCCCACCACCAACACCAGCAGCAGCAGCAGCUCCACUCCCACGGUCACUUGCCCCCCCAUCACAGCAUGCCCCCGCCCCCCCAGCAGCCCAUGCCCUCCAACCAGUCGCUCGCCCAGCAGAUGGCGCUGCAGGGUCCACCCCCGCCCCAGCCCUACCAGAACCACAACCCCAUCCCGCCGCCGCAGACCCGCUGGGUCGCCCCGCGCAACCGUAACCCCGGCUACAGCGGUGGCAGCAUGGACAGCAGUGGCUCAUCUAGCGGGGGCGGCGGUGUGGGGAACGGUGGCGGCGGCGGACCCCCCGGCUCAGGACCCGGCAUAGAGUCGCACCCGGUGUUGGAGAAGCUGCGCGCCGCCCACAGCUACAACCCCAAGGACUUCGACUGGAACCUGAAGACCGGCCGCGUGUUCAUCAUCAAGAGCUACUCGGAGGACGACAUCCACCGCUCCAUCAAGUACUCCAUCUGGUGCAGCACGGAGCACGGCAACAAGCGGUUGGACGCGGCCUUCCGCGCCGUCAACGGCAAGGGCCCCGUCUACCUGCUCUUUAGCGUCAACGGCAGCGGGCACUUCUGUGGCGUGGCCGAGAUGCGCUCGCCCGUGGACUACGGCACGAGCGCGGGCGUCUGGGCCCAGGACAAGUGGAAGGGCAAGUUCGACGUGGACUGGCUGUUCGUGAAGGACGUGCCCAACAGCCAGCUCCGGCACAUCCGGCUGGAGAACAACGACAACAAGCCGGUGACCAACUCGCGUGACACGCAGGAGGUGCCCCUGGAGAAGGCCAAGCAGGUGCUCAAGAUCAUCGCCACCUACAAACACACCACCUCCAUCUUUGACGACUUCUCACACUACGAGAAGAGGCAGGAGGAGGAGGAGGUGGUCAAAAAGACCUAUGAGCCUGCUCCCAUUCAGAAUCGCUCCCGACUGGAUCAGGAACGCCAAAAUCGAAGUAAACAAUAGAAGACUGCACCCCAUAGCUUGAUCAACGGUUGUUUUAGGACUGACAUUUUGAAAUUGGAAUUUAAGAGGACAUGAAAGAAGAAAUUAUAAAAACAAACAACAUUAUUGAAAAAAAAACAAUCUUUUUGUUUUUCUAUUUAAUUCUGGUGACUUCGGCCAGCAUCGAACUUAAGCCUCUUUCUCCUGACCCCCCCACCCCACCCACCCAUCCAACCAACCACCUCCCCUGUCAUAGGCCGUGUCAGGGGGGGGGCAUCGUCAGCCAUCGCCUAUCAAAUUACUUUAUCUUUUUUUUUCUCUCUUUUUCUAUCAUUCAGUAUGAUUUUCAUCCACCCCUUCUGCUCAUCCUUAAUGUUGACCAAUAUCUGCACGUUGUCUUUUUGUUCUGUCAGCACAUUGCUCAUGAAAGUCAAUGAGUGCAAUUCAGCGAUUGUCAAGCCUAUGACGUGUGAGUGUUUUGGUCAUGUAAAUGCUUUUGUGUCGUAGUCUGUGGAGGGGUGAACGUUUGGGUGACAAGUGAUUGAGCCCAGCAGGGGUUUGACCACAAUUGUACUUGGCCAGUUUUAUUUUGUACAGUCAAAAAAGAAGACAUGUUAUGUGAUACCUUUUUGUUGUCCAUUCGGAUGAAUAUGAGAUGUGUUGAUUAAAGCAAGGCCAGAAAGUUAUCGUGCAACCCACAGAGAAGGGACAAAGAGCGAUGUGACAUUAAGGUAUUGAUGUAAAAGAAAAUCUAUAUUUUUUUGAAUUAUGUAACACUUGGCUUAUUACUUUUGGUGACAAACAGAAAUGUCAUGUCAGUGUCACAGUACUUUUUCAUUUGUUUUUUUGUUUUUUUUUGUUUCCUGCUUGGAGCCUUAACAUUUUCAAGCUAGUGUGUAUGGUCAACACAGUGAAAUCUAAUAUCAAGUACCUCAAAUGAAACAGCACCAAGUUAUCAGGGAAAAGAGGUCAUCCUGCGCACCCUUACCAAGGGAAGUCACCUUCAUCUCUCCUGAUUGGUUGGAAGGAGGAAUCGUGCCGCUGAAGUUAAGGUUAUUAGCCCCAUGAUAAGAUUGUCACAUUUGCCUAAUCUUUUUUUGUUUUGUUUUUUUGUUCUUGAAGCCGAAUUGUAACUUUUUACUGUUCCACCUGUACCCAUCAGAGGUCGCUGUUUCUUUGUGUGAGUCAAUUUGGGGAAAAUGUAGCAUUCACUGCUUUGAAAUCAAGUUUAGACCUAUCACUUACAGUAUUUUUUUCCCCUCUGUUAACAGAAAUCAGUUAUUUCUUUGCUUUCUUCCCCUCAUCAUCAGUAUAAUGCUAAGCUUUAACGUAGGAACAUAUAAUAACGAAGAACGCCUCAAACGUGUAACCUGAAAAUUAAUGUUACUGAAUUACCGUUAAAAGUAAGAAAAAAAGAUUAUAUGGUUUCUGUGCGUGAUUUUUUAGGACCUGCUUGCUGUUUUGUGUGUGCGUGUUUGUGUGUGAAAGAGAGGGUGUGUAUUGUGUGAGGGAAUCAGAUUUAUAUAAUCAUAUAACAAAUGAUUCAUGAGAAUAUAUGAAAUACUAAAAAAUUAUGAAGCAAAGUUUAAAGUCACCCCUGAAAUGAAUAUGCAUUGUAUCGAAGGUCACUAUCUAUCACGUUCUUAGAUUUGAUCAUGGUCAUUAUUAAAAUAAUACUCUAUGUUGUAA